AUUUCCUGUAUUUCUAUAUAACAUUUUAUUGUAAUUAUUAGAAACGCUAUUAGUUUUUGAACACACUUUAAUUACCGGCAAAUGUCAUGUCACGUCCAAUGCUUGUGUUUUUGUAAAAUUCUUAUUUAUUCGCGAAUUACAGAAUCAAUUUUACACUAACUACAUAAAUGAAGCUUUUAAAGCCUAGCUGGGUAAAUCACGAUGAUAAACCUAUAUUCUCUGUGGAUAUCCACCCGGCUGGGAAGCGGUUUGCCACCGGCGGCCAGGGCGGUGACUCUGGCAGGGUUGUGGUAUGGAACCUCAACCCGGUCCUCUUUGAAUCAGUGGAAAUGGACCCCAAUGUACCAAAGAUGCUGUGUCAAAUGGACAACCACUUAGCAUGUGUGAACUGUGUGCGGUGGAGCAACAAUGGCCGCUACCUGGCGUCUGGCGGUGACGACCGGUUGGUCAUGGUGUGGGCGCUCAGCGGAGCCCCUCCCAGCAUGGGGAACAUGGUGAAAAACUCAGAGACUUGGAGAUGCGUCUCCACAUUACGAGGACAUGCAGGUGAUGUGCUAGACCUGGCCUGGUCUCCUCUGGACAAGUGGCUAGCGAGCUGCAGCGUGGACAACACAAUCAUCAUAUGGAAUGCGGAGAAGUUCCCCAACAUUGUGUGCGUGCUCGCCGGACACACUGGUUUAGUCAAAGGAGUUGCUUGGGAUCCUGUUGGAAAGUAUUUGGCAUCACAGUCGGAUGACAAAUCUCUGCGAGUGUGGAAGACUGCGGACUGGGCGCAGGAGUCCAUCAUCACAGAACCGUUUGAAGAAUGUGGAGGCACGACGCACGUGCUGCGGCUGUCGUGGUCUCCGGACGGACAGUACGUGGUGUCCGCACAUGCUAUGAAUGGAGGCGGGCCCACAGCGCAGGUGGUGGAGCGAGAUGGCUGGCGAUGUGAUAAAGACUUCGUUGGUCAUCGCAAAGCAGUUACUUGUGCACGAUUCAACAGCAACAUCCUCGUGAAGGAAGGCAAGAAGUGUUGCUGCGCGGCGGUGGGCUCGAGGGACCGCGCGCUGUCCAUCUGGCUCACGUCGCUCAAGCGCCCCCUGGUGGUGGUGCACGACCUGUUCACUGACAGCGUGCUCGACAUCUCCUGGAGCUCCGACGGACUGAAUUUACUGGCGUGCAGCUCCGAUGGAUCAGUGGCCUGCAUACAGUUCACAAAUAAAGAAAUUGGGACACCACUGACACUGGAAGAAAAGAACGCAUUCUACGAGAAGAUCUACGGCAAGUGUCUGUCGACCGAGUCGACGUCACUAGCGGGAGCCAACCUGCUGCUGGAGUGUCCCGAGAUCAUGCUGGCCAGGGAGACCUGUGUGAAGGACGACCAGAAACUCACGCCGGUAAGUUAAUCAUUAUCAUCGCAACCGAUAGCCCCCACUACACCAACAUCACAAGGCGCCCUCCCAGCCUCGUCGCCCAUCACUCCGCUGAGGCCCAUGGACCGGCAGAUCGAGACCAGGACGUCGGACGGCAAGCGACGCAUCACGCCCGUGUUCAUACCGCUGUCGCAUGCGCUGGAUCCUAAUGAAUCCCUGGGCUCAGCUCCAGUAGGCUCUGAAGGUUGUUUCUCCACGUCAUCUCAGAGCAAGUCCCGAAUCCGAGUGGAGCGGCGGGACGACAUCGUCAUACACCCUAAUGUGAGCAAUCAUGCCACGCCCAAGGCCGAUGAUAAUGCACUAGACCAGCGUCUCCGCAAGCGGCCUCACGCCCUACCCGGUCCGGGCUGCGAGGCGGUGUCCAAGCGAGCCCCGCCCCCCGCGCCGCUGGCCCCGCCCCCCGCGCCGCUGCCCGCCCCCGCAUUGGGCGCCGCCGGGCCGGUUGUGAGGACUGCUGGAGCGAGACGGGUGCAGGUGGUGAACAACGCGUGCAGCACGCCGUACGGCGCGCUGGCGCGGCUGCAGCUGCUGCCCAGCAACUCGCCCUCCAACGACCCGCUGUGGGAGACCUAUCUAGGUUCGAGUGUAAACUGCAUAGCUUGCGACGCGCGCUACGUGUGCGUGUCGUGUGAGGACGGCUCGCUGCACGCGUGGCGCCUGCACGGGACCAACGCCACGCGAGUGUUGCCGCCUGUUGCCCUAAUGUCCAAAGCAGUAAAGCUGACCCUAGCAUCGGACCAGCUGGCGGUGGUGACGACGGCGGCGGACCUCGCCAUCUGGGACCUCGCCAGCACGCACUGCGUCGUCAAGCCGCUCUCCUUCAGGAAUCUACUUACGCAUGGAGUGACUGUAUCAAACUGCACAUUAUUAGAAGAUGGAAACCCGAUGAUCACACUGAGUAACAGCAAGUGCUAUAUUUACAGCAAGAAAUUGUAUUCAUGGGUGAUCUGGAUAGACACGUCCGACCCGGUGUGGCGUGCGUGCCGAGGCAGUGCGUGCGCGCGCCCGCCCGCCGCCUCGCCGCUCUACCCGCCGCCGCGAGUCGCCAAGACGCAGCCUACCCCGUAUAAUAGAGGCAACUUCUCCGGCGGCGCGACGCGCAGCUGGCUGGAGGCGCAGGUGGCCUCGUGCCUGCACCUGCGUCUGCCGCGCGACUACAAGCACUGGACGCUCGCGCUCGUCACGCAUCUCAUCACUAACGGAACGGAAGAGCAGCUGAGAACGAUACUGGAUGACAUGCUGGGCCCCAGCCACUGCACAUCCACUCCUAAGAAAUGGCAGUCCACUGUAUUGGGCAUAAAGAAACACGAGAUGCUAGAAGAGAUGCUGGCAAUCAUCGUGAGACAGUUGCGCUGGCAACGACUGUACACGGAGUACAGUGACCAACUCAAAGAACUACAAUCUACCGCCGCCGCCGCCGCUAGCGGGAUGAUGAACGGCCAUUGACCCCCUGCAGGACCUCAUAGGACACGUCAAAGGAUACUAAGGUUAUCCUGUUGGGUUGCAAACCACUUGGAUGCAAGCAAAGGCUUGGGUAUGAAAUGUGGCUGGCGUGAAGUUAUUUAUUUCGGAUUUUAGGUAUUCGUUUUCUGCUUUUUGAUCUGAUCUGAUGAGGUUGUCUUGGGUGUAAUGUUGUAAAUAUUUCAAACAUCCCCACCAUCCUGCAGGUUAUAGUGCCACUGUUGUGCUAUGUGGUUGCGAUAUUAUGAUCUGGACUGUCACUCUGUAAGUAUUAAACUUACUAUAGCGGGGGAGGUAUCACACACACUGAAACUUAUGAACUUGGAAAAAAAUUAGUUCCUAUUCGUAAUAUAAUUCGAGAAUGCAAAAGAAUGUUGGCGCUACAGUCACAUUGUUUAUACUUAAUUCAGAAAACGUAGUUUGAUGAAAUACAAUAUUCGGUUUAGAAAUGUAGUAAUAAUUGAAUGAAUUUAUGUUUAUGUUUCGAUUUCAACAAAACGAAAACACAUUAAUGGAUUAAUACAUAUAAUGCAGUCAUACAUUUGUAGUUGCAUUAUUUGAAGUAAACAAUAUAAUGUACUGAGUGAAAUGAGUUCGUUGUGAUUAUUUUAAUUGUAAAUAAAAAGGAUAUAAUAUGCUAUGAUAUAGAAACGAUAGAUUUGUAUGCACUAAAUAAUACUCCAGAAACCCCGCUUGCGUUUCUAUAUUUGAGCAUAAAUAUUACAGUGCCA